UUGACGUCGAGAGAGAUUUAUCGACAUAGCUUUUACGGAUUACCAACACUCUUUACCCUCUUUGGACGACACACGAUCGCUUUCUCCCUCUCGGCCUUCUUAUCAUCCUCUUUACGAAAAACAAAACCGACUAGAUCUAUCCUAGUCAGCUUUUCACCUCAAAGGAACCUCUUUACACGACCACCACCAAACAGCUUUUACCUCUGAACACGAUGCCUUCCUCCAUCCGAAUGAUCGCCGCUCUCUACCUCGUCCUCCCUACGCUCGCGUUGGGUGCUUCAAUCCCUCCUCGACCUCGAGGCUGGUGGGGAUCCGAGGCCACCGCGACCGAGUCCUCGACUGCGGCCGCUGCCUCUGGUACUCCCGUCCCUGCUUCCAACGUGACCCUCGACGGUGUCUCCAACGCCAUCGUCAACUCGUCCGAGACCGAGUCGAUGCUCGAGAACGCCAACACCACCGUCGUCGCCGAUAUCAACGCCGAUUCCGUCAACAUCACCGACCUCUUGCAAGGGUACGACUUGGCCUUGUUGGCUUACCCCAACGGGACCGCCUACAUUGUCGAUGAGAACGCCCAGGUCGCCUGUACUGGUGUCGACGAGUGCAAGGCUUACCUCGAGACCGUCGGCGUAGAGGAGAUCUCGUGCGACGGAGACGACGACGAUGAGGAUGAUGACGACGAGGACUGCGAGUACACUGACGGUCAAGAGAUUCCUGAGACCCCCGAGACCCCGGAGAACCCCAACGGUGCCGACGGAUCCGACUCGGCUGACACCCCGGACACCCCCGAUUCGCCUGAUACUCCUGAUUCGCCCGACUACGGCAACGCCGACAACUCGGGAUCCGGUUCCGCCUGGCAAUCAUCGUCUGCUUCAUCCGGUUCGGCUCCUGCUGCUACUAGCAAGAUUGGCCAGAACGCCGUUGCUACCGGAGGCAACCUCAACCUCGCCGUCUCAAAGACUGCCGAUGUUGCCGGUUCGCCCACCGCUUCCGCCUCUGCCGAUGCUGACGCUCAGUGCGAUGGUUCCGGUCCUGUCACUGUCACCCAAUACGUAACUGUCACCGCCGGUGCUGGUUCCGGUUCGGGUUCUGCUCCCGCUGCCACCUCGGUCGCUGGACAAAACUUGGUCGCUACCGGCAAGCCUUCGUCGAGCGCUUCGCCUACCGUCUCUGCCGGUGCUGCCGUUUCGACUGGAUCCGGUUCCGGAUCUGGAGCUGUUGUUGAGUCUGGUGAGAACCAGGACGGUGGUGACGAGGAUGAGGACUGUGAGGAAUGGGAAGAGGAGGAUGACGAGAACGUUGACGAGGACGACGAGGCUGCCUACAACGAGGACGGCAGUAUCGAGGAGUGUGACGACGAGGACGAGGGUGACUACCAGCUCGAGGGCGAGAACACCGCUUCGGUCAACGGUACCAUCGUCGCUCCCCAGUCCAACAACGCCACCGCUGCCUUGAACGAGACCGCCGCUGCCAACACCACCGCCACCGAGUCGGCUUCUUCCACCGAGGCUUGGGCCACCGCUACCGAGACCGCCUCGGAGACCGCCUCUGCCUCGGGUGAAUCUGUCACUCCUACCGCUACUGCCUCUGCUACCGACUCUUACUGGGCCGAAGCUUCCGCCACCGACUCUGCUUCUGCCGUCGCGGGUGAUGACGAGCCCAUCACUUCCUACGUCGAUGCCAUUGCUACUUCCUACGUCGAGCCCAGCGCACCCGAGGCUACCGACUCCGCCGUCACCGUCGACUCUGCCGACGGUCUCGUCCGACGGGCGACCCGCGGGUUGAAGAAGGUCGUCAGGAGGGUCUAGGGAAUGAAGAUAGUAGGAAACGAAGAACAGUAGAGAUUUUGGUAUCACGUCCUCCAUACCCCUCCCACCCCU